GCAUCUCUCCACAGGCUGUGGGUUAUUUCACAUCAACAUGCAUAUAAACGCACCCGAAUCGUGCAAUUUCAUGUUUUUAUGUUGCUUUUUAAUAAGGAGUGGUCUGACUUUGAAGAAUGAUGCUACGGAGGUGUUCUACCCUCAUGUGGUCAGUCCCGUGCAGGACGCUCAGAGCAACGCGUCUCUGAAUCGCGCGCGCUCCGGUGGACGAGGCUUCACAGCGCACGAGCGAGCACGAAUCCCAGUCGGCUGCAGAGAGCUGCGAUCCACAAAAUACAUCUCAGACGGCCAAUGUACCAGCAUAAACCCUGUUAAGGAACUGGUGUGCACUGGACAAUGUCUUCCAGCUCAAAUGCUGCCCAACUGGAUUGGCGGAUAUGGUAGGAAGUUCUGGAAUCGUCGAAACAGUCAGGACUGGCGCUGCGUGAACGACAAGACCCGGACCCAGCGGAUUCAGCUCCUGUGUCAGGAUGGCAGCACCAGGACCUACAAGAUCACAGUGGUGACCUCCUGCAAAUGCAAAAGAUACACACGGCAGCACAACGAAUCGGGAGUCAAGUCUGUGGGAUACGCUCAUACCCAGAUAAAAAAACAAAAGAUCAAAGCGGGCACGGGGACGGAAAGCUAAAUGAGUCUCUGCUCGCACUGAGCUAGAUUUUCCCUUUUAAAAGAAGUCAGUAAAAACGCCAGGGUUUGUGACAUCAGCUCACAGAAGCACUGAACUUUCAUUGUGCUGCCUUUGAGAGCAAGUGCAGGGCUCUGAGUUCACUGUGAAACCAGAUGUCCACUGCAGUCUUUGGAAAGAAGAGCAAAUAAAGACAAUCUCAUCACCAAUAUAAUCUCAAUAACAUGCAGCCAGUAGUGAAGACCUGUCCAUGAUAACGUCAAAGAGACUGACAAUGACAACUGCAUAUUACAUUACAAAAAUGAUUAGAAACAGGCCUGUGAUCCUAAUUGUUUUUGUCGUCACUGCCUGAUAUGUGUGGUAAUCACUUGCUGUAGUAUAUGCUGUAAGUCUUUGUAUUCAGCGACAAUAAGAGCAGUUCCCAAACCCGGGAAAUGCAUA